AUGCAACUCGGUAUCAAGAUUUUUGCAGCAGCAAUUGCUCUCACAACUUUAGUCUCAGCCCAUGAAGGUGUCGUUAUCAAUGUGGACCGUCGCGGAGGCUCUGAGCCUAUCAAUGAUAUAAGAAAACUAAAAGGUGUUUUCCAAGCUAUCCUUCACAAGUAUGAAUCUGGUAUUCGAAGCUACAAGCGUAGGACAGGAAAGGAUCACAUUUGGCAUACUCCAAAGAUGAGCAAGCGCGCUGAUGUGACUUCCAUUAACAUGAAGGACAUCAGCGACGAAACGCAGUGGAUCGGUGAAGUCUGUCUUGGUAAGCCAUCUACCUGUGUUUUGGCACACUUCGACACUGGCUCGGCAGACUUUAUUAUUGUAAAGGAUCCAUAUGAUCCAGCUAAGUCUAAUACUUCAGUCGAUACCAAGAAGACAUUCUCGCAGGGCUACGCCGAUGGCUCCAAAGCCGAAGGCGGUAUUUUCAUUGACUCUUUCAGUGUUGGUGAAAUCCACGCUAAGAACCUCUCAAUUGGUGUCUCGAAGAAAAACUUUUUGCAAAGUUUCGAAAAAAACAAGGCAAUCGCUGGUCUGAGUUUUCCGAGCAUUAAGAGUUUCGAUGAUGAGCAUCUAACGCUUAUGGAGGCAUUCAAGCAACAAAAUAAGCUAAAGAAGAACCUUUUCCAGUUCACGUUAAAAUCAGGUAAAGGCUCUUCAUUGAAUUUCGGAGAUAUUGACUCAUCCAAGUUUUGUGGUGAGCUUACUUGGGUCGAUGUUAACCCUAUUUGGGGCUUUUACAUUGUUGGUGGCCGGAUCAAUGGUCAGAAAGCCAUAACAGCAAUUGACUCCGGAACCACAUUCAUAAUGGGUUCUCGCAGGCAACUCAAGAAGUUGAUUGAAAAAACACCAGGUGUUUCUUACCUUGAGAGUGAUGGCAUGGGGUAUGGUGUCUUUGACUGUAAUAUCACCCCCAAUGUUACUAUUUCAUACGGAGGUACUGAUUUCAAGCUUAGCCGCGAACAUGUGGCGCGAGGAACUGCUGGUAAGAAAUGUCUGUUAUCGAUUGUUGGCGUGGACUCCGGCCUUCCGUUGGAAACCUGGAUUAUGGGAGAUCCAUUCUUUCAGACUACGUCUAUUGUCUUUGAUCACGACCAUAAACGCCUUGGCUUUGCCCCUCAGAAGUAA